AUGAAGGGUCACCAACCCAAAGGGCGCACUAGGGACGACGACACCUUCAAAAGGCUCGCGGGUGCCUGGCCGACAUACUUUCCCGAGAAGGCCGAGGUCGGGCUAUCGGAGUCCGACCAUAAGGUCCGCCUCGCCACCGCCUUGGCUGAAUCCUUCUCCACGCUCGAGGUGGCGGAAGUCCUUUUCUCGGUUGGUGGCAUUCUGUGUUGGUUACUAGAGAAUGGUCGAGAUUUCAUAAUUUUGGAUCAUAUAUGGACGGUGGUAUUUGUUGUGAUAAGCACCAACAUGAAGCAAUCAGCUAUAGAAUCACCACACUUUUGCUGCCUUAGAUCUCCGGAACUCACCCCGCUUGGCUCAUGUGCUUACUUCUAUGUGCACAGAUUGAAGAUGAUGGCAAUGACAUCAUAUGUCUUCCAAUUGAUUUCCAGCAGCUUCAGGAGAUGCUCUGCGCUCGAGCAAAAUCAACAAGAUCUUUUUGAACGCAAAAUUCAACAAGAUCAAUAUCAGGCUUUACAACACGGGGCCGAGAAACUUAUCACAGUGCAUGGUACUGUGCUCAAAGUCAGCCCUGUAAAACCUCUUGUUCAGCAGCUGGAAUUCCGAUGCAUGAAGUGUGGUAAAAAAAUCCCCCGUAUGUUCUGUGAUGGAAAAUUUUCUCCUCCAAUGUCCUGUAUCAUUCAGGGAUGCAAGAGCAGGAGCUUUAUCCCAGAUAGAUCUAGUGCACAGCUGGUGGAUUUCCAGAAAAUUAGAAUACAGGAGCUUGCAAGUGCUGACAACCACGAAGAGGGCCGAGUGCCACGGACCGUAGAGUGUGAGCUUACAGAAGACCUCGUUGAUUGUUGCAUCCCUGGAGAGAUCGUAACAGUAACUGGAAUUGUGAAAGUGCUUAACAACUAUAUGGAUGUUGGAGGAGGGAAGUCCAGAAUCAGUAAUCAGGGUUUAUACUACCUGUACCUGGAGGCAGUUUCAGUAAGAAAGUCGAAGUCCCAUGCUGUUUCAGACAAAGAAAUUCAGGCUAGUGGGAUUUGUCAUUUUCAGUCUUGUACUGAAAAGGAUGAUUUCGCUGUCAAAUAUAGAGAAAGAUAUGGUACCGAUGUAUUUCGCCGAAUACUUCAAUCCUUUUGCCCCUCUAUCUAUGGGCAUGAACUUGUAAAAGCUGGUAUCACACUCGCUCUGUUUGGCGGUGUGCAGAAGAACUUAAUGGAUCAAAACAAGGUCCCUGUUCGUGGAGAUAUUCAUGUUAUUGUAGUUGGUGAUCCAGGGUUAGGCAAGAGCCAACUCCUCCAAGCUGCAGCCGCUGUUUCCCCACGAGGAAUAUAUGUAUGUGGGAAUACGACAACAAAGGCUGGCCUAACUGUUGCAGUGGUUAAAGAUUCUAUGACAAAUGAUUAUGCAUUUGAGGCUGGUGCCAUGGUCCUUGCUGAUCGUGGAAUAUGCUGUAUUGAUGAGUUUGAUAAAAUGUUUGCAGAGCAUCAGGCUUUACUUGAAGCCAUGGAGCAGCAAUGUGUUUCUGUUGCAAAGGCUGGCCUUGUAGCAAGUUUAUCAGCUCGUACUUCAGUGUUGGCAGCUGCAAAUCCUAUUGGUGAAAUACUGAUAGCAUCUACCGUUAAAGACAGAUGUAUGUGGAAUUAUUCUAGUAGUUUAGGUGGUCUAGAGUGGUAUGUGGUGUCGAGCAAAAAAACAGUGAACGAGAAUCUGAAGAUGAGUGCUGCCCUCCUUUCUCGGUUUGACUUGGUGUUUAUUCUACUUGACAAGCCAGAUGAGUCACUAGAUAAAAGAGUGUCAGACCAUAUAAUAGCUUUCCAUACCAAUGAUCUUGAUAAUUUCAGACCCAACAAGAGGAUCAGAACAGUGUCACAAUUUAAUGGUGAUCUGGGGCUUGGAGUUAGUGGAAAUUCAGUAGCUUCAAGACUGAGGCUACACCCAGAGAAAGACAAGGGUUUCACUCCAUUAGCUGGGCAACUUCUUCGCAAAUAUAUAUAUCUUAUUCAAGAGAACAUGUCUUCCCCGGCAGCAGCUGCAAUUCUGAAAGACUUUUAUUUGAAGUUGAGAAACCGCAGCACUUCUGCUGAUGGUACACCCAUCACAGCCAGGCAGUUAGAAAGCCUAGUCAGAUUAGCUGAAGCUCGUGCUCGUGUGGAUCUAAGAGAUGAAGUGACUGAAGAAGACGCUCAGGAUGUUGUUGAUAUCAUGAAAGAAUCUCUGUAUGACAAAUAUGUUGAUGAACAUGGUUAUGUCGAUUUUGCUCGGAGCGGUGGGAUGAUCCAACCGAAGGAGGCAAAGAGGUUUCUGAAUGCAUUAAACAAGGAAUCUGAGUUGCAGCAAAAAGACUGCUUUUCAAAAACUGAGCUUUGCACCUUAGCUGAUAAGAUCAGCUUGCGAGUUCCAGACUUCGACGCUCUUAUAGAAAAGAUAAACAUUGAAGGUUACCUUAUUAAAAAAGGAUCAGGGAUGUAUCAGAUGUAUGGUUUGGAGGCUAUGCGCAUCCUCAUGGCUGCGCACAUACGUGCUGCAAUGUACAGGCGACUGAAGCGCAUUCGUCGCAGGAUGACCACUAACUUUGAUAGCUUGAUGUAUGCCAUGGUUUCGAUAUUAUGA